AUUACAGACGCUUGAAGAAGAAGCGAAUCAAAUGAGAUUGGUUCCUUCUCUGGUCUCCUGAAAGCAUACCAUAGAAUCUGCUGUCAGAACCACUUACAAUAAAGUUGUCCUGUUUACAGGUUUUUGAUAAGCUGUUUUUAUUCUUUAAUAAAUAAGAAACGAAGCCAUUGUCCCCUAAAAAAUAGCUGAGGUUUUACUUGAACAAAAUCUGUUUUGAAAUGUUAAGCUGGUUAUGCAGAACUAAUAUGCCUCAAGGUAGUCAUUCUCUCUGGAUUAAAGCUGUGGAACAAUUGUGGCUCCUGUUACAAGGAAAAUGACAAAGGGCCAUUAUGAAAAGGGACAAAAAUCUCUGUUCCCAGAGGGGGACUGACAAGCUGAAAGUCCCCCUCUCCAGGCUAACACAAAAGCCUGAUUGCCUCAGAUUGUUUGUUUAUGUAAAUCAAAAUGCUGCCAUUAAUUCUGCAAGGAGGACAGCUAAGCAACAAAGAAGGUGGUGAUUGGCCCAAUUCUUGUUCAUGGGCUGGUGGCAAAUCUGACAAAUCCUAUUGCUUUUGUUCUAAACUCUAUCUGGGCACCUUUAGGGAAAUAAGUUUGUUACUAAGUGCUAAAGUCAAUCAUUUGUAUUCUUAGACUGGGAGUUGGAACUAUAGGACUUGAAGACAAGAGAGCAUAUCUUAUCAAAGAUCUGUUCACUCACUUUCCCCAAAGCUCUCUCUAAAUUGGACUCAAGUGUUCAUCAUGACAGAUGUUCCAGGGACAUUCAGUCAGGUUGAGUGUAAUGGGGAUACACCACCUGAAAAUGGUCAACAACCAAUCACUAAAACCAAUGAGGAAGCCAGUGAUGUGGAUGACACCCCACCAUUCUACCGGAUAGAACCUAGUCUUGAAGAUUUACCCACAGAAGGAAAUCAGAAGAAAAGUGAAAAAUUACAAGGGAACAUGGUGCUCAACUGGUCCAUGGAUAAGAAAAGUCUAAAAGAAAAACCAGAAGAGAAUCUCUUUAUUGUUCAUAAGGCUAUCACAGAUCUUUCUCUACGAGAAACAAGUGUUGAUGAAAUGACAUUCAGAGAAGGGCUUCAGUGGGAGAGGAUUCCUCUGAGCAGCAGUAACCAGGAAAUAAGUAGACAAAAGGAAAGGAUUGCUGAACAACCUCUAGAAGAAAGAGAAGACGAGGGUAGGAAGAACGAAGCUUAUCAGGCAACUGAGAUUGAAUGGUUGGGAUUUCGAAAACCUAGCCAAGUUGAUGUGUUGCAUUCUAAACACGACAAGGAGCAAGAGGUCUGGGAUGAAGAAAUUAACAAUGAUGAUGAUGAUGACGAUUGCAAUGAUGAUGAAGAUGAAGUUCGAGUGAUAGAAUUGAAGAAAAAAAAUGAAAAGGGUUCUCACUUAAAAGAGGAAGGUGAUGCAAGUGAGGACUCCGCACUGAGCAGCCCCAGUUCCCAACCUGUGACCCCUGAUGAGCAGCCAACCUUUGGGAAGAAGAGUGAUAUCUCCAGAAGUUCCUAUUCAAGAUACAAUACAAUAUCCUAUCGGAAAAUCAGGAAGGGGAAUACCAAGCAAAGAAUUGAUGAAUUCGAGUCUAUGAUGCAUUUAUAAACUAACUGAAUCUGAGAAGUUUUCAUGUCCACUAAAGCAAAAGCUAAUCCUAUUUUCCUGAGAUGCAUCUUUGUAUGCCUUCUCUGAGUUAUCCCUUCUAAGGCUGUGGAAGCUUACUCUCUGUCUCACUGUAGAAUAAUGUGGAAAUAACCCUAGACAAAAUUCAGUCUGGUAACCUCAAAUCAAAACCCUUAGAUUGAUUCUUGGACAUUUACUUCUUAAAACUGCACUAAUAUGACAUUAUUGAUAAACACUAAACAGCCAGAACCCCUGGGGAAUCGGGUAUGAUUUAGCUUUAGAAGGAGCAGAGCUGGGAAAUGUAAUCAUGACAUGAAAGACACCUAUUUGAAAUCAUUCCAAUAUUUCCUUUGGGGUCUUUCUUCCUGUACCUUGAGGGUGAUAAAAAGUCUGUUGUUAAAUCUUUCUUACUUUUAAACAUGAUUUUAUAGAGUCUGUCAAUAAA